UCCUUUUUCUCUAAUCUAUACAACUUUUUGAUUUAUAUCUAUUUUUACUAGUAUUAUUAAAAAAAUUUAAUUAAAUUCACGCCAUUGAAACGAAUGCAUAGACGGUAUUUAUUCUUGUCCUGUUAAUUGUUAUAUAAACCCUGUGUUUCACAACUGAUUUUGGGAAUCAUCGCCUCGACUCGCGCACUCAUGGCGGAGGAGUGUACUCUCGAGCAUCUCAAAUCUCAGCCCACCUGGCUUCUCUUCCUCUUCUCCAUCGGCGUCUUUCUCAUCGCCAAAUUCCUACUUGUAUUUCUCCGAUGGGUGUACGUGAAUUUCCUCCGACCCGGCAAAAACCUCAAGAAAUACGGGUCUUGGGCUCUGAUUACCGGACCCACCGACGGCAUCGGGAAAGCCUUCGCUUUCCAGCUUGCGAAGAAAGGGCUCAACUUGGUCCUAGUCGGGCGAAACCCGGAUAAGCUGAAGGAGGUCUCGGAUUCCAUCAAAUCCAAAUCUGGGUCCGUCCAGAUCAAGAAUGUGGUGGUGGACUUCUCGGGAGAUCUGGACGAGGGCGUUUCGAGGAUCAAGGAGGCUAUUGAAGGGUUGGACGUUGGGCUGCUGAUUAACAACGUUGGGGUUUCGUAUCCGUAUGCCAGAUUCUUGCAUGAGGUGGAUGAGAAGCUGCUGAAUGAUCUGAUUAAGGUGAAUGUCGUCGGGACUACGCAGGUUACUCGUGCUGUUUUGCCAGGGAUGCUGAAAAGGAAAAAGGGGGCUAUUGUCAAUAUCGGCUCUGGGGCUGCUAUUGUCAUCCCUGCCGAUCCACUCUACUCUGUUUAUGCUGCUACCAAAGCGUAUAUUGAUCAGUUCUCAAGGUGUCUCUACGUGGAGUACAAGAAGAGUGGGAUUGAUGUGCAGUGCCAGGUACCUUUGUAUGUCGCAACAAAAAUGGCGUCAAUCAGAAGGUCUUCCUUCUUUGUGCCAUCAACGGAUGGAUAUGCACGUGCAGCUCUGCGCUGGAUCGGGUAUGAGCCUCGAUGCACUCCUUAUUGGCCUCACACGCUUCUGUGGGCUCUGGCAAACUCGUUGCCUGAAUCAGUGGUUGAUGCUUGGCGGCUGGGAUUCUGUCUUAAGAUUAGGAAGAGAGGGCAGCUCAAGGACUCGAGGAAGAACGAAUAGAAGAUGAGAUGAGCAAGCUUCCGCAUCUACCAUUCGUUCAGUUCGUUACUAUAUUACACUCAGCAUCUAAACACAGAUUAUGAAUUCCCUCCCUUUCUGUUUAGAAUUUUAUUAUGUACUUGUUUGUGACAAGAGCAGAGCGUUUCUGUUAUGCAAGAGUUCAAAUUGAACUGCGGAUGAUUUGCUUUGCUU